AUGGACAUCCACCCCUCCCACUGGCAAGCAACGCUCCUAGGCCACGCCUUCUGGCGCGACGCAGAAGCCUACAACAAACCCAUCCACGACUCCAUCGAAGCCGAAGGGAAGAGACUCCUCCACAGACGCCAGGAGCAACCAAACACCCAACUCCAAACACUGACACUGACACAACCACCAACAACCCCCAUGCCCGACCCAAGUGACACCGAAGCACAUCGCCACCGCCGCUUCAGCAUGAGCGACGCCCUCCACCUCCACCCCUUCCACAGCACGCACCUCAGUCGACGGCGCGCACGCUCAUCCAUGCGCUCCGACGCCUCAGACCACACUACUACAUCCUCGCAGGAACCAAGACCACGCUCCAGCUCACGGUCCCGCGACCAUGCCACGCCCGCAAACCCCAUCCUCGAGUUCCGCGGCGGCGACACCUGGGACCUCCUCCUCGCGAGGGAUAGGAAGAGUCUAGGGCUGGACUUAUUCUGGCCCAUUGAGUUCCCCAACCCAACCCUAGACUGCGGCCAUCCCACAAAAACAAUCUCAACCGCGUCACGACCCCAAGAACCCAAGGGCAAAGACAAGGACGAACAAGGACCAGAAACCUUCCCCCUAGCAUCGCUAACCCCGCUCCUGCACUUCCGCCACCUCCGCGCCCUCAAACUAACCGGCAUGAUGCGUUCCUACCAGAAAUAUAUCUGGCAGGUAGCUUGGCUGAACCCGCACCUGGAAGAACUGGAGCUCGGCAUGGCCCUCGCCCCAAGUCUGCGCCGGAGCUAUGUGACGAGGUGGCCGUGUAUCCGGGGUGGGUGGUCACUUCCUAAGGAGAGAUUCGGUGGACCGGUUUAUUACGGAACAGGAACAGGAGCCCUCCACCCAGCCCUUGGAAUAGGCGAAUACCUCGACAAACUGGUCAUCGAAAAAGCCAAAGUAGCAGGCAUGGGUCUCGGGAGAACGCGCACGCGGCUAUCGAUCCGCACGCUGGCGCUGAGCGGGUUCGUGGUCGAUGCGGAUCCGUUUCUGCAGUGGUUUGACUGCGGGAAGCUGAAGUGUGUGCGGUUCGGGGAUGGUGGAGGCGAGGUUGGACAGGGGGUUGCUGGGCGGGUUGUGGAGAAGGGGGAGAUUCGGGUGGUUAGGGUUCGUUGA